AUGGCUCUAGAUCCUCAGUCAGUGCUGGCUAAGCUCAAUUCAAGCGCGCCAGAACAAAUCGCCGCUUUGGGCUUCUUAAAAAACGAGGUGAUCGGCCAUAUUCAGAAGAAAGAAGAUUGGGUUCAGCACGGUGUCCUUCGAGCUAUUGUUAGGAUCAUAGCACCCGAUGCGCUCGAGACAGAUGGAAAAGAUAGACGGCAACCUUUCCUGACAUUACCAGAUGAAGACAAUGCAAAGCUACAAGCUUUACAACUUCUUGCUAGCUUCGCAAAUGCUGGCCCUGUAUUCCUACCUCCGUUACACGCCGCCGGUGCGUUACCGGCUGUCCUCAGCAACUCAUGUCUCCGAAACGAACAUCCUCCCAUCGUUCUCGCUGCUCUUCGGGUAGUACGAGAUAUCGCAGCAGCCACGACAUAUGCUCCAUCGUCCUCGCCGAUUAGCUCGAGUUCUUUAGCCGACGUGCUGUUUACCGAUGGCCCUCUAGACUCUCUCCACCAUAUUCUCUCCCAACAGCCACCAAACCCCGACAACGAAGCUCAAACAUCCAUAAUUACCUAUCUAAUCAAAGACCUUUGCCAUGAUGACCGCCAUCAGUCAGCAUUAGUUACUCGUGGUAUCCUCGAUUCCCUUGCUACAAAGUUGGCUGGAUUUGUGGUUUCUGAAGGCCAAGUCUUACCGAGGGCGGAGAAGAUCGCCCGGCAUGAAGGUCUUCACGAGUAUAUACCACCACCUGCAACCGCCGCUGGUAGCUUAGACGGGGUUCUGGGUGCGAUCGCGGCCAUCAUAGGCGACUCAUCUUACAGGACAUGUAAAUUACUUUACUCGCCUUCGAUUCUCGCCGUAUUUCCCGUCGCGGAAAUUGAUCCCAAUACGUCUUCAAGAUCACCCUUUGGGCCCAUGGAAUUACCUGGGCUACGACCAACGAAACAUUUAGAUUUCGAGCCUAUGAAUUUACUUCUCCCUUAUACGCUCCUCCAGAUUACAAGCCACGCAACUACGGCGAGCUCUGGCACAUCACGAGACAAUCAGGUUCGCAACGGGCGGUCGGCGUCAAAGUAUCAGAAUAGCACCACUUCCAGAAGUCCAUCCGAGGGACCCUCAGCUUCUAACAACGAUGCCGAUGGCGAAGAAGCAGAAAGCCCUCUGAUACCCUGGCUAAUCAACUUAAUUAGAACUCGGAAAGGGAGCGAGAUGCUCAUGGCUACUUCUAUCUUAACCUCUCUAUUUAAAGCCGGUUUUACUUAUAAGACGAGGGAAGCAAACAUAGGAUUGCUUGUCAUACCCGUCCUCUUGAGCUUGCUUAAUGAUAUUGACACUAAAUUGAAGGAUAUCGACUACAACAACUGCAACCGAAACACCAUCUCUAUGCUCAAUCUCAUUGAAGAGGCGCCCAUCAUAUUAGCUUACCUUAUUACGGAUAGCGAAUUGCUACAGAAAGCGGCCUUUGACUGCAACGCAGUAAAGAUUAUGUGCAAGCUGCUAAAGGAAACCUAUGAUACACCACCUCCACUUGCAAAGUCAUGGUCAUGGUCUAUACACGGCAAAACCCAAGAUUCGGCAAGGGAGCUUCCUCCAGAAUGUCGGCUAGGAGAGGCAGGCCAACAUCAAUAUUUAGUGCAUCGAAUCAAUGUUAGAGAAAGCACGCUGAGGGCCAUCGGGGCGUUAGCAACCUUCAAAGACGAAUAUCGCACAGCAAUUGUCAAUCAAGACGUUGUCCACUAUAUUGUUGAAUCCGUUACCCCAUCGCCCAACAAUCCAGUGCCGGUUUCUCUGGCAGCUUGCUACGUGGUCCGGAUGUUGUCUCGGUCUGUCAAUAUUCUCCGGACAGCACUAGUUGAUCACUCAGUAUCCACGCCGAUACUUCAACUUCUUCGCCAUCCUGAAGUCGAGGUCCAAGUGGCAGCAGCCGCGUCAAUCUGCAAUCUGGUUAUGGAUUUUAGCCCUAUGAGAGAGUCCUUGAUCGAUGCCGGAAUUCUGAGAGCGUUAUGUGAGCAUGCUCAUUCGCACAAUGCAUCGUUGCGAUUGAAUGCCCUGUGGGCACUUAAACAUUUAGUCCACGCAGCAGAUAUUGACCUAAAGAGGAGGUCUGUUGAAGAGCUCGAGUCUGGAUGGCUAGUCCGGUUGAUCUGCGACGAUACCGAAGAUGCGGCGCUUUUCUCAGCAAAGACAAGGAGCGGCAGGGGUACCGUUCAAGAUACACUAGAUGAUAUGGACGAAGAUGUAGAUAUGGGCUUUGCUGAUGAUCAGUAUCGUCCUUGGCUUCCGGCCUCUUUCUAUAAAUCGCCUACGAGUCGGACCUAUUCGGAUGUGCGGAUAUUGCGGCUAGCAGAAGCACGACUGGAAACUCUACGGGAAGCGGAGCUAAACCCGGUCCGCAAAGCAAGACAUGACGAUCUAGCUAUCCAGGAGCAGGGUUUAGGCUUCAUCCGGAACUUGAUCGGUGGGGCUCACUCGAGUACCAAUGCCGAUUCGCCGAACGAUACAACCGAGAUGAUCGAUUUCUUGUUCAACACCAUAGGGCAAGACAGGUUGUUCGAUAUCCUCGACACUAAACUACAGGUUAAGGUUCUCCAUCCGUUUAGUCAACGAGGUAUUCCGGGUAGCGAAACGCGAAUACUUCCACCGCAGACUAAAAUUAUCGAAUCCGUCAUCUACAUCUUGGUUCAUAUCGCCGCUAGCAUCCCUCGCCACCGGCAGCUAGUGGUAUCCCAGACAAAAUUACUUGAGCACUUAGCAAGGCUUUUUAAUAAUCAGGACAGGGAGGUUCGGGUUGCUUUGUGCCACCUGAUCAAUAAUUUGACAUGGCAAGAUAAUGCCAGUGAUGGUCCUGGAUGUACUCAAAGAGCCCAAGAGCUUAAGAAAUUGGGUUUCUUGUCAAAACUCGAAGCACUGAAGGAGGGCGACGACGAGCUUGACGUACGGGAACGGGCUAAAUCAGCCCUGUGGCAGAUGAAGCCGAAUAACUAUUAA